CAGCGGCGCAGCGCCGCCGCCCAGCCGCUUUGGGCCAACUCGGGCGCGCCGCUCAAAAAAAAGUGCCAGCUGCGAAAUCUUGGCGCACCGCUGCACUGCACUGCACUGCACCGCACAUCGACCACCACCAGCUCGCACCGCCCAGCAGCCGCCCCAGCAGCCGCCCACCAUGAUCAAGGCCGUCAGCAAGCCCAAGAAUGCGCGCGCCGCGCGCGCCAUGAAGGCCCGCGAGCCGCAGCAGCACGAGAACCCCAAGACGACGCUCUUCGUCACCGGCCAGCGCACCUCGCAGAUCCUCAAGCUCGCCGCCGCCGACCUGGCCACGCUCAAGCGGCCCUUUGUCGAGCGCUUCACCAAGAAGAACGACAUCCACCCCUUCGACGACGCCUCGUCGCUCGAGUUCUUCGCCCUCAAGAAUGACACCUCGCUGCUCGCCCUGUCGCUGCACUCCAAGAAGCGCCCGCACUGCCUCACCCUGGUGCGCACCUUCGGCUACAAGGUGCUGGACAUGCUCGAGCUGUACAUCAACCCGGACACCUUCCGCACCCUGCAGCAGUUCAAGAACAAGAAGCCCAGCGUCGGCCUCAAGCCGCUCAUCUCCUUCCACGGCACCGUCUUCGAGGACCCGAACGAGACCAAGUACACCCUCGCCAAGAGCCUCUUCGUCGACCUGUUCCGCGGCCAGGACACCGACGAGGUCGAUGUCGAGGGCCUGCAGUACCUCAUCAGCAUCAGCGCCGAGGAGCCCACCGACGCCCGCCCGAGCCCCGAGAUCAAGCUGCGCUUCUACCUGCUCAAGACCAAGCGCAGCGGCCAGAAGCUGCCGCGCGUCGAGGUCGAGGAGAUGGGCCCGCGCAUCGACUUCGCCCUGGGCCGCGAGCAGUUCCCCGACGCCGACAUGCUCAAGCAGGCCCUGAAGAAGCCCAAGGGCAGCGAGGAGCGCACCAAGAAGAACAUCACCACCGACGCCAUGGGCGACAAGGUCGCCAGGAUCCACCCGGGCAAGCAGGACUUCAGCACCAUGCAGACGCGGAAAAUGAAGGGCUUGAAGCGGAGUCGUGACGACGACGUCGAGGGCGAUGCCACUAUGGCUGAGCCCGCCGAGGACAAGGUCGACAACGACGCGCUGAAGCAGGCCUUGUUGAAGAAGGCAAGGAAUCAGUAGAACCUUGACCAAGACUUGCAUGGGCGGCGUUACGGCAUUUCGGGAGUUCUUUGACGGCUUAUACCACCUUCGCGGGCAGCUGGGCACAUGAAAAGUCUGUUUACAUCCACGAACAGCUGCACAUGAAUGUUGAAUGUUGAAUCGUGAAUGUAUAGUGGGAUAUCUUUGAAUCUAUUUUCCAAC